AAACUAACCGUCACCCGCCCAUUUCUUUUCAUUUCCAAGCCAUCCCUUCCUCUCUCUCUCUCUCUCGGUUAAUGCUAUCUUUCUUGUUUUCCAUCAAGUGAAUAAUCGUUCUAAAAGAUUAUCAGGGCAGCAUUACUAUUACUGAUAUGUAGUAUACUAUACGGAAAUUCCAUGCAUUGUUGGUGUUUGAAUCUUUGAAUCUUUGAAUCUUUAAUCUCUGAGUUCCAUUUUCACACCGGUUAUGGCUUGGAGCAAACUCGGAUCGCUUUUCUCUUUUCUCAAAUUCCAGGGCAUUUUGCAGCGGCUGCGACAGCAGCAGCAGCAGCAGGGGCCACCGCAGUCGGAGAGAGCUAGGGAGGCGGCUAAGCGAGCCGAAUACCCGAUUAGAACAUAUGGAACGAAAGUGGCUUGGAACCAUUUACAUGAUUGGUUAAUAUUAAUGCUUCUGGUCAUCAUAGAAGUUGGUUUGUUUGUCAUCCAUCCAUUUUAUCGAUUUGUUGGAAAGGAUAUGAUGGGUGAUCUCAGGUAUCCAAUGAAAGACAACACUGUCCCACUGUGGGCUGUUCCUAUUUACUCGGUUUUGUUACCGAUCUGUGUGUCCAUCUUCUUCUAUUAUCGGAGGAAAGAUGUGUAUGAUCUUCACCACAGCGUUUUAGGCCUGUUGUUUGCUGUACUAAUUACUGCUGUUAUCACGGAUGCAAUCAAAGAUGCUGUCGGUCGGCCUCGACCAGAUUUUUUCUGGCGUUGCUUUCCCGACGGAAAAGAUGUUUAUGAUAAAUGGGGUAACGUUGUGUGUCAUGGAAACAAAGCGGACAUAAAGGAAGGACAUAAGAGCUUCCCAAGCGGUCAUGCAUCCUGGUCAUUUGCAGGGUUAGGUUAUCUGUCACUGUACUUAGCAGGAAAAAUCCAUACAUUUGAUCGCCAAGGACAUAUCGCCAAACUCUGCAUCACUGUUAUUCCUCUGCUCGCUGCAUCUCUUGUCGCCGUUUCUCGUGUUGAUGACUAUUGGCACCAUUGGAACGAUGUCUUCGCUGGUGGUUUUCUAGGCCUUGUCGUCUCUGCAUUUUGCUACCGUCAGUUCUUCCCAAACCCAUACGAUGAUGAUGGAUGGGGGCCUUAUGCUUAUUUUGAUGCACUGUUGGAGGAAUUGUCGGAUAACAAUGGAGAUGGGGCUGCUCAAACUACAAAUCAACUCACUGCACACCCAACCAUGGGGGUUCAUAUUGUAAAUCAAACACAAGGAUCAAAAGGUGAUUCAGAUUAUGGUCCAAGCUCAAGAUUAGAUGACAUAGAAUUAGGAAGAAGGUGAGAUCUCAUCUUUCCUGUCAUAAAAUUGGUUGGAUUCCACAUCUUAGAGAUUGUUCAAAUUAAAAGUGAGUUUAUAUACAUAUGUAUGUUAACUGUAAAUUUCAGAAUAGUUAAAAAAGGGGCUGUAAACUUACAAAAUGUCAGAUCUAAGUCUUGGACUCAUCAUAUGCCAUAUGGAACUAUGUGAAUUAUACAUUGUAUUAUUUUAAUUUCUA